CGUCGAUGAGUGGACAUCGCGCUGUUGUGAUUGCUUGCGCUAUUAGGUAUAUUCUUUCCCUCUCUCAUGCAUCCCAGAGACCCGCUUUCUUCCGUUUGUUUAUUACUGUACAUUCACUGCCUUUCGCCUACCUACGUCGAAGUAUUACACACGUAGUUUAGAUGACCAAAUAUAGUCAAACUCGUUCUUUGACGACACCCUAUUAGCCAUCAUCAAGUUCGUCCACAUUCAUGGCGACUACUCGCCGACUUAAUGAAAGCGACGAUACAGGAUGUCCUUGAUGACAUCACAUCCGUAAACACUCCGUCAUCGCGACGAACACGUGGUCUGGCCGUCCUAGAACAACAACUCGCGUUAGCAUGUGCACCCAACAUAGAGGAUGAUACAAUGAACGUGUUUCUAGAGCUCCAGGAUACCUUUGAAUGCAACGUUUCAUCACGGGCGUUGUACUGGAUACAAAUUGUGAUGCCCCAGAUCGAGUCCUUGGGCUCAGGAAAAGGUCUGGCCAGUAAGGAUCGUGAAGCAGAGCUCCAUACCAUUUGUGCUCAGUUACAUCAACUACUCUCGAUCGUCCAAGGUGUCGUACUCCAUCAUGAGCCCAGCAAGGCUUUCCUUGGGCGACGAUACUCUCUUGAGAUCCUCACAGCAUUACUGACUACUUCACGGCAUACACCAAUGAUCAAUCACGAAGUUGGCGCAGAGAACCUCGUCAAAUCCUUAUCGCCCGAUAAAUCCUUAUCCAUCGCUCACCUCUCUUCUGCUGUUCUAGACAGUCUCCUCUGUAUCCUUGUUGACUCUUCACCUGCCCUCCGCAUGUUCGAAGAAGUCAAUGGUGUGCAAGCUGUUGUUAAGAUCUUGAAAAGAGCUGGAACGCCGCGUGAAGUUAGGAUGAAAUGUUUGGAAUUCCUUUACUUCUAUCUGAUGGACGAGACUGGGUCCCUUGGCUCUCUUUCUACGGGAUCAGCUUCUCAAUCAACACCGUCUUCAGUCCCCAUCUACGCAACCGAACACCCCCGGACCUACACGCCCGAGACCAAAAAUCUUUCCUCGCCAACCUUCGGGUCUUUCCAACUUAUCAUUCUCCUCCGUUUCAUCUUCCACGUCUUCGUCACCAUCCAGGUUAAUUACGUCAUCUUCGUCUUUCACAUCUAUGUCUUCUCUUGCCAACCACAGGAGCAACGACAGUAUCCAAGUCCCCUCUCCCAUUAAAAAAUCUUACUCGACAUCGGCAGUUCCAAAUGAUCCACACACACCUCCCAACUCCCCACCGCCUGUUACGAAAAUCCCCGAAGGGACGCACCGAGGCGUGAAGUCCUGCUCGAUGCUCAUGUUGCAGAAGGACGUCGAGUAUGAGCCCCAAAGCCCGAAAAAGGUACAAGUAUCACGCCUUGGCGUUGCCCACGGGCGCUCAGCGCCGCGCCUCCGUGAUCGGACUACUGGGAGCUCCGAUCAUAGCGGAAAUUGGUGGCCAUAAAGGGGUACGGACGACCGACGAGAAGAAAGAGAUACUGGGUACUAUGCUAGGAAACGUUGAUGCUCUUGUCGAAGGUGUCCGCAAGGCUGGAAUAUGGGGCCUGAGUUAGUAAUCUUGGUUGGCACGGUUUUGUAUCCCGUAG